AUGCGUCGACCACUACAUAAAGCUCAUGAACCAUUUGUUUAUAAUGAUUUAAGACCAUAUUUUGACACUAGUGGUGUUGAAAAAGCGAUCCAUGAACCUUUAGAAACUCAACCUGGUUAUUACACACGUUUAACAGCACUUCGUAUUGUCGAACCAUGGGAAGCAUAUGGAAUGGAUUAUGGAGUUAAUUAUGAAUUAUUAAAACAACGACGAAAUCGUGGUCAGAGUGCUAAACGAUCAUUGCCCACUCAAAAUGGCAUGAUGAUUCUUCCACCACUUUCACUUCCGUUUGGUGGUCAAAUAACAUAUGUUAAUCCAGCUAAAAGUGAUCAUUCACGAUCAUCAUUAUCAUCUAAACGUCGAUCUGCAUCAAGACAUAGUAAUGAACAAAUUCAAACAACUACAAUUGCUACUUGA